GCAUCGCUGAGUUCAACACCAAAACCAUGAGUUCAAGCAAUCGUCCGUAGUGCUGUAUAUUGCUCUCCGACCAAGGCCCAUCUUUUACCAAAAGGAUCAACAAGCACAUGCGUACCCCGCAAAGAGGUACAAGCGGAAAUACCACGGACAGCUGGAGCUCUAUGAGAGUUCGCAAGGGACUGAAGAGGAGAUGUCGAGUAUAUAUGGCGAGCGUAGAUGCUGCUGAGGUCUGCAUCCGCCGUCAGUUGUGACACGUCGCGCCUUAAGAACGCAAUACGAACCGGAUAGCUUGAGUAUGGCCUCCUUCAAAGGAUACGAUUUGAUCGUCGUCGGCUCCGGCUUUGCUGGGUCUAUGGCAACAUUGACUUUUCUCGAGGGAUGUAAGAGGGAAAACAAGACCGGACGCGUUGCGUUAGUCGAAGUGGGCAGGGAUGGGGAGCGCUGUGGCGCGAGCAGAUGGACCAUGGCAUAUUUGCGGCUAGACAAGAACCUCGAGUUCGAUGAGGAUUGGGUGAAAGAAAUGCGCCUUGUUAGCAACGGGCUUGCCGACGAAGAGUACUGCCUUAAGCUGCAGAAAGAGGCUCCGAUCACCGCCCGCUACCUCGAAGACCAUGGUGUCGAGUUCGUCCACCAUGAUGAACCCAAUGUUCUCCUCGAAUUCAAGACUGGCCAGCAUUUCGUCUUCCCAGAAGGUGGCGGAAAAUCCAUCAUCUGGAAGCUCUUCGAGCAUAUCCAAAGCUACCCAAAUGUUGACAUCCACUGGGAGACGGAGGGCGUCAAGCUCUUAACGUCAGAUGCUGGUGCGAUUCGAGGCGUAAAAGUGCGGAAGGGCGACGGCCUCUUACAUGAUCUCCUUGCGCCGAACGUGGUACUAGCUUGUGGUGGCUUCGAGGGCAACCAGGAGAUGUUGGCAAGGUAUGUCGGACGGGAUACACACAAGUUGCCGCUGAUCGCCCCAGGGCUCAAGUACAAUCGUGGCGCUGGUCUUCGCAUGGCACUUGACGUUGGCGCUGGCACCGCUGGAUCGUUUGAUGGCAUGCAUUGCGAGCUUGUCGAUAUUCGCGCAGGCAAGCCGGAUGCCGUGAUUUGGGGCCACAACUAUGGCAUCGUGGUCAACAAGGGAUGUAAACGCUUUUACGACGAAGGCAAACGCCACCUUUUUGCGACUUUUGAGAUGAUAGCUUUGGAUUGCUGGAAAGAUCAGAACCAGUCGUGCUUCUUCGUCACGGACGACAUGAUCAUGAAGAAGUUUGAAGGCUCAUGGGUGUACGACACCACUGACAAACCUCCGGAGAAGGCGGACACGAUCGAAGAGUUAGCGGAGAAGUUAGGGCUGGAUCCCAAGGAACUGAAGAAGACCGUGGACGACUUCAAUGCCGCCGUCAACGACAAAGAGUUCGAUCUGAUGAAGUUGGACGGCAAGGCGACCACCGGACUCCAUCCGAAUAAGACCAACUGGGCCAGCAAGAUCGAAAAGGCUCCUUUCUACGGCUACCCUAUGACCGCUAACUUAACCUUCACCUAUGGUGGCGUCAAGACGGACCUCGAUGGUCGCGUGCUGUCCACCAACGAGGUCCCCAUCCCAGGUCUCUGGGCUGCCGGAGAGUUGACAGGGCUGUUCUACAACGAAUAUCCGCCUGCCACGAGCGUGUUGCGGAGCUUGACUUUCGGAAGAGUGAUAGGGAAUGAGGUUGCGCAGCAUCUGGGCCAGCCGCAAGGAACGUCGAGUUCUAAGAAGGUCGUACCUUCUGAGCACCGCGCCGACUCCGGGAUGGAAAUGAGACAGCGAGUGCUCGUCGGAGAGGCUUGAGAAUGCUUAUGAAGUCAUUGUUGUCGUAGAUAUUUAUCUAGCAAUGCGAUGCUCCUUGAUCGUCCCGCCAGCUAGCGUUUACUCGAAGUGGUUGGACGGCAUAUGUAGUACGCUUACAUGUAGAUCACAUGCAAUGCUCAAUUCACGUGA